GCGCCGUGCGCCGCGCCUCCUGUCAGAGGCAGCCAUUGUUCCGCCGGCCGCGCAGGCUGCUCGGGGGCUGGGCUGGUCCUCCCCGCCUUUCCACGUCCCUGCCCCCCUGAAAGCUGGGAGAGGGGGCCAGUCCCUCUGUGUACUCUGAGGUUCUCGGGUGCAGGCCACCAUGAGCAAACGGAAAGCGCCACAGGAGACUCUCAACGGGGGAAUCACCGACAUGCUCACAGAACUCGCGAACUUUGAGAAGAACGUGAACCAGGCGAUCCACAAAUACAACGCGUACAGAAAAGCGGCAUCUGUGAUAGCAAAGUACCCACACAAAAUAAAGAGUGGAGCAGAAGCUAAGAAACUGCCUGGAGUAGGAACAAAAAUUGCUGAAAAGAUCGAUGAGUUUUUAGCAACUGGAAAAUUACGUAAACUGGAAAAGAUUCGCCAGGAUGAUACAAGUUCAUCCAUCAAUUUCCUGACUCGAGUUACUGGCAUUGGUCCAUCUGCGGCAAGGAAGUUUGUAGAUGAAGGCAUUAAAACCUUAGAAGAUCUCAGAAAAAAUGAAGAUAAAUUGAACCAUCAUCAGCGAAUUGGGCUGAAAUAUUUUGAGGACUUUGAAAAAAGAAUUCCUCGUGAAGAGAUGUUACAAAUGCAAGAUAUUGUACUAAAUGAAGUUAAAAAUGUGGAUUCUGAAUACAUUGCUACAGUCUGUGGCAGUUUCAGAAGAGGUGCAGAAUCCAGUGGUGACAUGGAUGUUCUUCUGACCCAUCCAAGUUUUACCUCUGAAUCAAACAAACAGCCGAAGCUGUUACAUCGUGUUGUGGAGCAGUUACAAAAGGUCUGUUUUAUUACGGAUACUCUGUCGAAAGGAGAAACAAAAUUCAUGGGUGUUUGCCAGCUUCCCAGUAAAAAUGAUGAAAAGGAAUAUCCACACAGGAGAAUUGAUAUCAGGUUGAUACCCAAGGAUCAGUAUUACUGUGGUGUUCUCUAUUUCACUGGGAGUGAUAUUUUUAAUAAGAAUAUGAGAGCUCAUGCCCUAGAAAAGGGCUUUACAAUCAAUGAGUACACAAUUCGUCCCUUGGGAGUCACUGGAGUUGCUGGAGAACCCCUGCCAGUGGAUAGUGAGAAAGACAUCUUUGACUACAUCCAAUGGAAAUACCGAGAACCCAAGGAUCGAAGUGAAUGAGGCUUGUCCUUCUUCCCAGGCGCAGCCCAAAAGGAGUCUUAAUUUAUUUCUUAAUGUUUGCUAUGUAAGGGUCUUUGGUGUUUUUAAAUGAUUGUUUCUUCUUCAUGCUUUAGCUUGCACCGUAGUCAAUAAAACCUCUUGUACUAUUA